AUGGGCCAUCCAAUAUCAGACAUUUCACCAGAGCACAACAGAAACGCAAGCACUAUUUCUGCACUUCCGAUAAGCCCUCAGCUGUACGCUGGGAUGGGUGGCUCAAUCCAGCACAUGAAGGCGGAAAUGAAACUAGAGCCUCCAGUUUUAGGGCUCCAGACAAAUCAAGAUCCGAUCAACUUGAUGAAAAGACCGGCCGAAGGCAGCAGUGCACCUCAAAAGAAAAGCCGAAAAACCAAAAGCCACAACGAUGUUGAGGAAUCAGACCGCGAUCGCGAUUAUUACUCUGGAAGCGGUGAGGUUGAGAAAAAGAAAGAAGAGACAUUCGCGUGCCCGUUUUACAGAAAGGAUCCAGUUCGCUUUCUUGAGUGCAUAAGUCUCAGAAUGGUCACUAUAUCGAUCGUCAAGCAACACCUAAAGAGACGGCACGCAGCAAACUUACUUUGCUCUGUCUGCAAACAGGGAUUUCCCUCUCAAAAGUUGUUUGAGGAUCAUUUGCAGAAAGGAACCUGUUCUCGCAGUGUAAUAGAUGGCUCUGAUACUAUACCUCCUCACAUUUUGGAGGCUCUCAAGCUUCGUUCCGAUAGACGCAUAUCGUCAGCGGCUCAGUGGGAGGAUAUUUAUGUGCUUAUUUUUGGGACACUGGAUACUAAACCUAAGCCGUUUCUGGAUGGUAUUGCUAAAGAGAUGACGGGAAUAAUUCGCGAUAUCUGGAGGCACGACGGCAGCCGAAUUGUGUCGAAGUCUGUUCAAGAACGAGGCUUGCCAGCUACCCCAGGACAGCUGCUUGAUUUACUACCGGAGCUUCUCGAUAAGGUUGAGGAUCGAUUCGAAAACAAGCCGCUGAAGCAAGAAUCGGAUGAGCCGCUUCCUAAUAUCAAAGGGGCUAUGACGGAAAACAACAUAAGAGUAAGAGACGACUCUUACCAGGGAUCUACGACUCUAGACCAUUGCCCCGACCCCGGGUUUUAUGCGUCAGACCUUGAUUCCAUCUCAAACUCGGCUUUCCUGCCCAGCGACUUUCUCAAGUCAAUGUCCGUCACUAGUUACAAUUGCGAUCCCCGGUCAGUUGAGGAAGCGUUCGAACUAGAGGAGACUGACUCUGAGUGCGUCACUACUAGCUUUGCAGCGCAUACAGAGGGAUUAGUUUGUAUGACAGCAUUUGACCCUGCUGAUCAUCCCUAUGAUAUCUUCCAGCAAGGUCCUUUAUCACAGACUGCUGGGACAGAAAUCUAUCAAGAUUGGCCUGGGUUAUCAUAUGACUACUCUUUGGACUUCUUAGAGGAGUAA